UCCGCCCCUCCUUUGGCGAAGCAACUAGGCUUGACCCUUCCCGCAACCGGUCGCGCGGCGGUGCAAGUGCGGAAGGCUUGCUUGGCGGGCAGUGCGUAGCUAUGGAACCAGACGGGACCUACGAGCCGGGUUUCGUGGGUAUUCGAUUCUGCCAGGAAUGUAACAACAUGCUUUACCCCAAGGAGGACAAGGAGAACCGCAUUCUGCUCUACGCGUGUCGGAAUUGUGAUUACCAGCAGGAAGCCGACAACAGCUGCAUCUACGUCAACAAGAUCACGCACGAAGUGGACGAACUGACCCAGAUCAUCGCUGACGUGUCCCAGGACCCCACGUUGCCGCGGACCGAGGACCACCCGUGCCAAAAGUGUGGCCACAAGGAGGCGGUGUUCUUCCAGUCGCAUAGUGCCCGGGCGGAGCAGGCCUCCACCCUGGCACCUUACACCCACUGGCUGAGAUCUUAAGAAGGAGGUUUUCCAAGCUUCCUGAUGGCUGUCUCCACCCUGUGAACACAAACACUGGAAACUCCACAUCCUGGGCACCUCUCUCCCAUUUCACUCCAGACCUUCCUGGGGCCCAGCCGCCCUUCCCUGUCCCUGCCACUCCUCACCCGUGUGAGU